AUGGAGUUUGCGAACUUCAGUCUCUAUCUUAACUCGAAGUGGGUAUCCACGGUGGCGAGCAUAUGGAUUCAGUGCACCAGCGGGUCACUUUAUACUUUCUCCAUCUACUCUCAAACUCUAAAGUCCACUCAGCACUAUGAUCAAUCAACCCUCGACCUUGUCUCCGUCUCCAAAGACAUCGGAAUUAACGCCGGCGUCGUCUCCGGCCUCCUCUACGACUUCCUUGCUCGAACAACCACAACAGGGCCCUGGAUCGUCCACUUUUUGGGCUCGGCCCAAUGCUUCUUGGGCUAUUUUCUCAUGUGGGCCGCUGUGGCCGGCCUCUUCCCGCCCGUCCCCGUCCCCGUCAUGUGCCUCUUCAUGUUCGUGGCAGCUCACGCGCAGAGCUUCUUCAACACCUCAAACGUCGUCACCGGCGUGCAUAAUUUUCCGCACAACACCGGAACCAUUGUCGGCAUUUUGAAGGGAUUUCUUGGUCUAAGUGGAGCAAUAUUAAUUCAAGUGUACAGAACAAUAUUCAACAACAAGCCUAUGUCAUAUCUUCUGAUGCUAGCACUCUUACCACCUCUAAAUACUUUGCUGCUUAUGUGGUUUGUAAGAAUCCACAGCACUCGUGAGGAUGAAGAAAGGAAGUAUUUAAAUAUAUUUUCUUUGAUGGCUCUGGUUGUUGCUGCAUACCUUAUGGUUGAUAUAAUCCUAGGGAACAUAUUUAGUCUGCAACCAUUGGUGCGCAUUGUUAUAUUUGUUGGUCUUUUGUUGUUGCUAGCCUCACUUAUCUGCAUUGCAUUUAAAGCACAUGAAAAGAGCUAUGGUAGAAGAAGUUCAGAAAACUUGCUGGAUGAGAGGUCACAACUAAUUGCGGAGCCAAGCCCCCUGGAUACUACUGAAAAGCUGGAUGCAAUGCAAGAUUCUUCGAACAGUCAAAGGACUAAUUUGCAACUAGGAGAAAACAUGAAUAUUUUCCAAGCAGUGAAAACUGUGAACUUUUGGAUUUUGUUUAUUUCUAUUGCUUGUGGUAUGGGAUCAGGACUUGCAACUGUUAAUAAUUUGGGCCAAAUAGGGGAAUCUCUUGGUUAUACUAGCCAUGAGACUAGUUCCUUAGUUUCUCUGUGGAGCAUCUGGAAUUUUCUUGGUCGCUUUGGAGCUGGUUAUAUGUCAGAUUAUUAUUUGCACACAAGAGGAUGGGCAAGACCUUUAUUCAUGGUCAUCACUUUAAUGAUCAUGAGCAUUGGCCAUGCUGUGAUAUCUUCUGGACUUCCAGGUUCCCUAUAUGCUGGUUCAGUAUUGGUGGGUAUUUGUUAUGGCUCUCAGUGGUCCCUAAUGCCCACAAUCACUUCUGAGAUAUUUGGUGUUGGAAAUAUGGGUAGCAUAUUCAACACCAUUAGUAUAGCAAGUCCUGUGGGUUCGUAUAUAUUCUCAGUCAGAGUAGUUGGAUAUGUAUAUGACAAAGAAGCAUCCGAAGGAAAUACAUGCAUUGGAACUCAUUGUUUUAUGAUUUCAUUUCUCAUAAUGGCAUCUGCCACUAUUCUGGGUUCUUUGACAGCUUUAGGUCUGUUUUUACGGACCAAAAAUUUCUAUGAUCAGGUUAUAGUCAGAAGAAUUCAAAAUAUUCAGUGA